AUGAAAUUAGUUCAAACAAUUAUUGUUGAAAUUCCAGCAUAUGCUCUUGGAUUUCUUUCAGAAACGCAGGUAGUUGUUUCUGGUGGUGGAGGAAGUGCUAGCUCUGGUGUUUCUAAUCAAUUUCGAGUUUAUUCUUUAACAAAGGGCAUUUUUGAGCUAGAAGCAAUUUAUAUGUUACAAUUAGAGGAUGUUCCAAUGUCUUUUGCAAUUGAUCCAUCAAAUAAAACUAUCAUAGCGGGUAUUAAUGAAUUAAAUAAAAAGUUAUUGAAUGGGAAAAAUCGUCAUCUUCAUUUUCUUCAAUAUAAUCAAGAGAAAAAGACAAUGACUAUUUCAAAAAGUGUUUCUAUAUUUCCACAAUUAUCAAACGAUAACUGGGAUAGUUAUCAGAGAAUUACACGAUUAAAUCACUCUAAGACCCUUUUAGCUAUUGCUUCUGCUAAUGGUUAUUUUACUAUAUUAAAAUAUCCCUCGUUAAAACCUAUAAUUUCUGUUAUGUCUGUUGAGCCAAUGGUUAUAGAUUUGGAUUUUUCUCCAAAUGAUAGCAAAUUAGUUUAUAUUUCAUCAUCAAAAUUAUAUACAUUAACGUUAUCAACAAAACGACAUACUAAUAGUCAAGUUUUAAAAGAAGGGACAUUCCGAACUGUGAGAUGGAUUGAUGAGAAUUCAUUAAUUACUGCGAUUCAUAUACAGGGACAAGCUCCUCUUAUACAACUUUGGAAGGCUAAUUUUGUUACUGAAAACGAUAUCUAUUUUGAAAAGAAAAUUUGGACUCAGGUAAACUCACGCCCUUUACAUAAAACAUCAUCAGCAGUCACAUGUAUGGAAGUAAUACCUACGAAUUCUUCUGCAGUAAUUGCAUGUGCUGAUCUCUCUAUCAUUAUUAUUGAUAUAUAUACUUUAAGAAUACUACAGAAAAGGUCUAGGAUACAUGGACUUCCAAUUACAGCAUUAGCUAUUAAUCCAAAAAAAACGUUGAUUUUAACAGCAAGUGCGGAUUCACGACUUCAAGUGAUAGAUAUUUGUAAAAAAAAAGAAUCUAUAACCGCAAUAUUUUUAUUAUUUCUUACAUUGAUUAUUGCUAUCUUAGCUAUUGUUUAUCGUUCAUUUUAUAUUUAAUUAGAAGCUAGUUGAACAUAAUACGUUAGCAUUUUUUCAACUAUUAACGCA